CCUCGUCCCUCUCUUUCGUCCCCUUCACCCACCCCUCUCUCCCUCCAUCACUCCCGCCACCCCUCUCGCUAUUCGCCGCUCAACCCCCCCAGUCCACCUGGUGCAUGACCGUUACGGCUGCCCAAGCCUGCUUUUGCACACCCGUUCAGCCCAUAUUGUUCAAAACUCUCCGGCUUUCUGGCGCAGUCGGCCUCACUUUCCCACAGAGCCCAGAUCAGCGCCCGCCGAAAAAGGGGGACAAGAUAAAUCUGGACACGCGCACAACCUUGGGAGGUUCGGCUCGUCCAUCUCCCGUUUCGACCGUCCGCCGCCCCGGUUGCAUGCACCAUCUGAUCCUUCCAGCGCCGUUGUGAAUUGUCACCUGCUGCCAGCUCAACUCGACCGCUCAUCCUCUUCUUGUCUUCCAUCUCUGCCUCUCGCAUCUGUCUCACCUCUUCCUCUUCACCUCUAGACACCAUUUUCGACUUCGAGAAUACGGGUGAAUUCCCUCACGCAAAACCGUCCUCGUUCUUCCCCGCGCGGAUCUGACAAACCGUGCAUGUGAGAACCCCUCCUGACUGCACCUGAUUCAUUUCGACUGCUGCGACCCUCGCUGCUUUCACUCCAAGCCCAAAAAUGGGCUCCGUGUAUCGCGAGAGGUUCGACGACUCCCGAACAUCGGUCUCGUCAGCUCGUCGUGAUGGCGGAUACACGACGGUGAAGCGCUAUGUGGUGAAAGAAGAUGACAGCCGCUCCUCUGUGAGCCGGGACCGGCGGUUUGUCCCCGAACGCGCAGGUGAAAGGGUUGAGGAGACCCGGAUCGUUCGUCGUGAGAUCGACGAGCCCGUGCGCCGUGAAGAACCCCGCUACACUGAGCGUGAAUUGGUCAUCAAGCGCGAGAGAGAUGAUGAGCCUCGGAGAGAUUAUGCCUACGAGACCAGACGGGAAGAACCAGUCGCAGAGAGGGAACUCGUUAUCAGACGCACAACUGAGCGUGAGGACCCUCGUCGAGAUGAUUUCGAGGUGACCCGCUACGACGACCGCAAAGUCGUCGACACCCGCUUCCGAGACGACUACGAGAUGCUUUCACCGCGCGGCUAUGACGAUCGUGAUGUUCAACGAUACACCCGCACCACCGACUACUUCGCUCCUCCACCACCUCCACAAACCAUCAUCAUUCGUCAAGAACCCAUCAUUAUUCGAGAGAGGGUCCGAGACGAUGACUAUCAAAUUGUCCGCAAAUCGGACAUCGACGAAGAACGCAGCAUUGUCCGAAGAGACCCGCCGCCUCGUUCGCCUCGCGGAGAAGAGGACUUUUUCUACGAGAAGAAAGUUAGAGAGCGCAUUGACGACCGCCGCGAUGACGAUGACUACUAUGAGCGCCGGAGUCGACGGCGCUCCGUGAGUCCUCAUGAUUCGGUGUCCCAAAGAGGCCGCGAUUACAGCAGUGAUGACAGCAUGGUCUAUGUUCGCAAAGAGGUCCGCGAGGAAAGCCCUGGCCCUGAGCGUAAACGGGGCCUUGCCGCCGGCGUCCUCGCUGGCGUCGGUGCCGCAGAGCUUCUCCGAAACCACAGCAAAAAGGAAGGUCGCGACGUGUCCCACGGUGUCGGCCGUGUCGGGCGUGAUAUUGGGGCUGGCGCUCUAGGCGCUCUUGCCGCCGAAGGCAUCCACCGUGCAAGGUCAAUGCACCGUAGCCGAAGCCGACACCGCUCCCGAUCCGGUUCCCGACACCGCAGCAGGUCUCGUUCCUCGUCUCCAUCGAAACUGAAGACUCUUGGAGCGGUUGGUCUUGGCGCUGCCGCACUUGCAGCUGCCGCAACUAUUGCGUCCAAGCGCAUGAACAAGUCCAAAGACGAGGGCGAUCGUGGCCGUUCUCGCAGUCGCUCUCGCUCUCGACGCCGGAAGGAGUCUGUUUCAAGCCUUGAAGAUGAUCCAGAUGCGCCGUCCGACGAUGCGCGCAAUCCCAAGCAUCGAAGGAACACGAUUGCAAAGGCCGGUGCCGGUGGCGCUAUCGUUGCAGCCUUGAUUGAACAUGCUAGAAGCAAGUCCAGGGCUAGGGAUGGCAAGGAGCGCUCUCGCAGCCGUAUUAGACAGGCACUCCCCGUUGUUGCUGCUGGGUUGGGCAGUGCUGCGGUCGCCGGGUUAUAUGAGAAACACAAAGCCAAGAAGGAAGCUGAAGAGAUCGCGGACGACCGGCGUCGUGCUCGCUCCAGGUCCAGAAGCAGGGCCAGGUCUGAGCAUGCAUACUACGACGGGCCAGGCCAGGGUGCAGUCAAUGAUCCUGGGCUAAUCGAAUACGGAAACGCGCCAAUGUAUGGCAACAAUUACGGCGCAGAUUACUACGGGAGACCGCCGCCGCCGGAUGGUUACUACUCGAACGCUGUCGUGCCGGCUGCCACAGGUCCAGCAGCAGGUUACGGCGCCCAACGCGGGACCAGAAGCAGAAGCCGGAGUUUGAGUCGCGAACGAGGUGGUCGAAGAUCGUCCCGCAGUUCUAGUUCCUCUCCAGACCGGAGCAGACGCAGGCAUUCGCGAGAUGCCGCAAAGAUGACAGCAGCUGCCGCCGCAGGAGCAAUUGGCGCCACCGAAUAUGAGAAAAGGAAGCAAGAGAGACGUGAACGCCGCGCGCGAAAACGACGAGAAGAGGAAGGAUAUGGUCGCGAUCCUUACGAGGACAACUACCACCCUGGAGGACAAUUUGCCCCGACACCGCCACCGCCUGCUCCCGUCAACGACCCGUACGCAACUCAACAAGGGUUCUACCCUCAAACCAGUCAAUUCCCGCCUCCACCGGGAGCUGUACCUCAACAAUACCCUCCUCAAGCUGGCCCUGCUACUGCCCCAACUGGUGCUGCCCCGUAUCCUCCGCAGAACUACCCUCCCCCGCCGCCGCCUCCCGGUGCUCCGCCGGCUCCUGCUCAACCAUACGAAGCGUAUGCUUCUGGUGCGAACCCUUACGCACCACGUGGUCCUGAAAAUGUGAGUGCUGAGCCGAAUCCUACAUUUGGCAAUCCUUUUGCACCUACUGUUCCCAGUAAUGACCAGAACCAUGUCCCAGAUGGUUUAAAUCGUUCUGCGCCGGCUCCGCCUCCGCCGUCCUAUGGUACACAAGCCCCUUCCUACGAUCCACCUAUUCCCCCGCCUCCAGCUGCCAAUCCUCCGCGCCAGGAAACAUAUCCUCCCCCCACCGGACGAGGUGUUUCUCCUCCACGUUCUCAAUCUCAGCCGCCUCCGUCUAGCCGAAAAAGCGUUCAAUUCGUCGAGACCCCGGAGGUUUCUGAUGCCGCACCGAUAGAGUCCGAAGCAUCAAGUCCCGAACGCCACCGUCACAGACACAAGCAUUCACACUCUCGCGGCUACGAAGCGGAAGAUGACACGGAUUCUACCCCAGAUGACCAACGCCGAAGAAGCCGAGACCACUCAUCUCGAUCGCUUUAUCCAGACUCGGGCGAUACUGGAGAGGCGCGGCAGCAUCACCGACGUCGUCGCUCCCAUGAGCCAAGCUCAUCUCGUGGAGAACCCAGUUCAGGUUCCCGAGGCCCGGGACUCGAACGCGUGACAAGUCCCACUGACUCCGAUGCCACGAUCGAGCUACCGCCCCGCUUCGACGACAAGGGACGGAAGAAGCCGGAGCCUGGCGACGACCCUCUUGCGGACCGCCUCAAUGAAAUCCUUGCAGGAAAAGGAGCAGCUGGCAAGGUGUUUGGCAAUUUCUUGGAUGGGUUGUUCGGGCCGGACGGCAGGAGGAAGCGAAGCAGAUGAACUACCAAGACCUCUUAUGGCAGAGCCCUCGUUGAGCAUUUAGAAAGAAACAUGGUAAACAGACACAUAACGAAUCUCGUUGGUUUUAUGAAGAGGAGGCUUUGGGAGUUUUGGCUGUCUUGACUGGAUCAUGGACUGAUGACGACCACUGAAGCGUGGAAAUUUCUCAAUCAUGAUUACGAAUGUCUAUGAUGAAAUAUAAUCCGAUGAAAACGACACUUGCAGCUACGGUGAUGAAUAUCAAAGGGAUUUGGGCAGACAGGACUUGGACUUUAUGCUCAUGCCAGCCAGUCUCUCACGACUUAUGAUUGUCCUCGGGUCUGGGUUUUGGUUUUAGAUAUCUUCUUGCUCAAGUCAUUUCGCAAUCGAGAUUUCUUCCCCCUUUCUUCAAACAGACGAUGACCGACCGUUCAGACCCAGGCGUGAUUUGGGUUACAGGUGGUUCGUUGCUACCUAGGU